AUGUCAAAUACCAACAACGGAAUAAGGUGGACACUCAGUUCAAACCUAAAGGAUAUAGACUAUGCAGAUGAUCUAGCAAUAGUAUCCAAUACUAAAAAUCAAAUGAAAGAAAAAACGGAGGUAUUAGAACAGAAUGCCAGAAUGAUUGGUUUGAAAAUCAACUCUAAGAAAACACAAAUAAUGACAGUUAACAUGCUUUAUACACCAGACAUCAAAGUAAAUGGAGAACAACUGGAAUUGGUACAGUCCUUCACUUACCUAGGUAGUAUUGUAAAAUCAGAAGGUGGAGCUGGACAAGACAUCAAAACUAAAAUUGGCAAGGCAAGAUCAGCCUUUCACAGACUACGAAACAUCUGGGAAACACCAUCAAUCAGAAAAAAGACCAAACUGAAAAUCUAUAACAGCUGUGUAACAUCAGUUUUACUUUAUGGAGCUGAAUGCUGGAGAAUGACAGAAAAAGUCAUUAAUAGGUUAUUCAGCUUUCAUAAUACCUGCCUACGUAGAAUCAUGAAGAUAUACUGGCCAAACAAAAUAACUAACGAAGCUCUUCAUAAGAAAACAAAAAGCCAAGAUAUUAAAACCGCUCUGCUACAGAAAAGAUGGAGAUGGCUUGGUCAUGUCCUAAGAAAACCACAAGGAGAUAUGACCAAAGUUGCAUUAAGAUGGACACUUGGGGGAAAAAGGAAGAGAGGACGACAAAAAACAACAUGGCGUAGAACAAUAGAAACAGAGAUGAAAGAGAGAGGUUACACCUGGGGAACUAUUGAGAAAAAAGCAGAAAACAGAGAGGAGUGGCGGCAACUUGUCCUUGCCCUAUCGGUGCCAAAAGGCAUAACAAGGACUAAGUAA